AUGCCGUAUUUCUCAGCCUGGGCCUUUUGUUACCACGAGUCCGUUGUUUCGUGUCGUUCCCUCCCCAUUUACUGGCGUUAUUCUUCCUGCACACCUCCCGCUCAUAUUCUUGCAACCGGCAGUGACAAUCGUCGUGUCCCCACUUCUGCCAGUGUUAGGUGUCUCAGAGAGUGUCACACACACUUUCUCCUGCGACUACUCACAAACGCUGGUUUCUUUCGUCGUUUUUUAUAUUUUUUGUGUCCCAUCCGUCAGCGCUUGAUCACCCUUGCGGGGCGCUUGUUAAAUACUCCCGUUGCUGAUCUACUUAGAUCAUCUGUAAAUAUUGACUUUCUUUGUUUCCUCCUUUUCUCUACAACACACAUCAUCACCUUGAUGCGUGCGUAUACGUUUCCCGUUUAUUGUAAUGCAGAAAAGAUCACAAUGACUACAGAGGUCAGUAAUGACGGUAUGGACAUAGUGAACCACAUGGAUAUCAAAGUUCAUGGUAUCCAGAAUGUACCACCCAGUUGGUGGUCGGAUGGUAAACACCCGACAUACCCGGAGCAUCCGUUCCGAUAUGAAGUGAGCUUCACUAUUGAUGGAAAUCAAACUUUCACCCUCGCUAACGGGCGGUUGCUGCAGUACCUCCCACAAUACCGAGAUUACAUCGAAAAUGCCGCAUUGCCUCCACUGUCUUCAACGGCAAAGGACGUGCUGCGGCAAAUGCAUGAGGUUCCGGAGGCACCCACUAAAGGUAAGUCAAUUUCCACGACGAAAACAACCGGGAACUCACAGGCAGUGGAGGAUGAUGCGCAACCGGAGGCGCGGAUUAUUUGGAUUACGCCACCAACCUCUGAGCGUGCGCCCACACCAAGUGAGGAACUGUUGGGAAAGCGACGGAAGAAAACUGCGGGGAAUAGUGUGGGAGAGGACUUAACCCCAGUUGCCGUCCCCGAAGACGACGACACACCACCUUGUAUGAUUCGUAUGCCACUAGAUGAGCGUCAUAUCAUGGCGUUAGAGGGCAUGAUGUUGUCAGGGAGGCCGCUAGAAUUGAAAUUUACCCGUGUACUAAGACCUGGGUUGCCAACUGAGUGGGAAGAUAAACAAGAAUGGUAUUUCCGUGCUAUCAUACCUGUCGAUUUGGCACCGCUUUCCGAUCCUGGAUCACGUGAAUUGUCGGCAGAUAUUCAACUCCAACCCGUAAAGGCAGCCGUUCGCACGGAGGAGGUUAAAAAAACGUCCAAACGGUCAAAGAAUAUGGCGCAGGGACUUCGCCACGAAGAAAUCGACACAGAAGGGGAACACCCGUACGUAACCUGCAAAACAUCUGCAGUUGUUUCAAUAGAACUUGAGAAAACGCUUGUACAGUUGCCAAAAGAUCGUAUCCGUCCCGCUGUGCUCCCGACCAACCUUAUUCCAAAGCGUCCGCCACCAAGGAAGGAAUUCCGAGACAGCACACGGCAGUUCUCAGAUAUGGUAGCUUCCAUUGCAGAGAGAAUGAUGCACGACUGCGCUGCACUUCAGGAUGCAGACAGCGAGCGCAAAGAGGAGGAAAUUUUGGAAGUAUUUGAGAACUCUGGGAGACUUGAGUCGUAUAAGGAGCAGCUACUUCCCCUAGUGGUGAACGUAGUUCGCGAAAAAUUCCUCUCUGACAAGGACGCAUCACCCGAUGUAAUUAGUCGACUUACAAAUGAGUUAUACGUCCACCUUCUCAACAGCAUACACUGCACACUACACAACAUGGUGGAGGGAAUGAGCACCCCAGAACAGGAAAAUGCCAAUCGGGUUGCCACAGCGAAACCGUCGACCGCAUCGCCACAGGGACCUGAUGAUGGCAUUGACUACGUGUGGUUAGAGCGGGCUGAAGAGGCGGAAACAAUACGGGACUACGCACGCGCAACACGCUGCCACCAGGCACGCAUCGCCAGCUGUGCCUGCGCGGAAAGCUUUCCGGACGUGUGGUAUGAUGCGGCAUCUUACUUUGUGCGGAUUGGGGAAACAACGCGGGCAGAGCAGUGUUUUCGAGAAGCCAUUUCUCAUGAUCCGACGCAUGCGCCCUCGCUUAUGGCAUAUGGUGCUCUCCUUCUUACUUUUGACCGCUUUGAUGAGGCAACCGUGUAUUUGCAAGCUGCGGUGGAUGCAAAGCCGAGCAGUCUUUCAUGGGGACUUAUCUCCCUCCUUUGUGAUAUGCAUGUUUUGAAUCUAGAACGGGGGCCCCGGUAUGAGUCACAGCGGGCUCACUGGGAACAUGAAGGGACUAUUGCUAUGAGGGAAGCAUUAAGUUUCAGCACCGAUGUGGAUCACACCUCUGUCAGCAAAGAGGUUGCAGAUUACUUACUGAAGCUUCAGCACCCUGGCCUCGCUAAUAUUUCUCUAACCAGAUGCUCUCGUGGUGGACAUACGGAGGUCCUAUACGCACGUUUGUUUGCAUUGGGCGAGCAGUAUAAUGAGGCGUUGGAAACACUGAAAAAUGGGGAAGGGUUAGAACCAUACAUCGAGGAGGUUACCAUACUUCGUGGUGACUGCUACGCGGCGCUCGGCCGAAGUGACGAAGCAAUCAGGGAAUACAAGAGCGUAUUGUGCGCUAAGGACAAGGAGCCGCGGCGCCGCUUUGGCCCGAGUUAUAUUCAUCUUGGGAAUCUGUUGAUUACCGCAGGGUGUUACAAUGAUGCGUUGGGUGCUUUUACCAUUGGAAUUCAGGCAUGGCCAUGCAGUCUCACUUGGUUGGGUGCCGGCAUUGCGUACUACCGAUUGAAUAAAAUAGAUGCGGCUGAGGAAUGCUUGAGUGAAUCAAACACCCUAAACAACACCAACCCGCGGACAUGGGCGUACCUCUCACUUGUGUGUCUUCGAAAGGAACGUGUGGAACUCAAAACUGUGUUACGACAGGCCAUUAUGCAAGGACUCGCCGACCCCGGGUUAUUAACCGAACUUGGCCGCGAUCUUGUCCGUGCGUGUAUGGGAGAACUCGGUGAAAGUUGUCUGCGGAAGGCACUCGCUGUUGAGCGGGAGUGCGGUCGGGAGGACAGCGCAGUUUGCUGCACGGCCAUGUAUUAUUUAGCGGGUGCAGUAGAGGGUAAUAACGCGGAGGAGGCAUGGAUGUUAUACACGGCUGUGGCGAACAAAACUAUGGAUGAGGUGCUGCGGGCAAAAGCGGAGGAGCAACUUGCCGCCCUUGGAAAGUCGUGA